AUGUCUACUAAAAUGAUUGUUUUAAUAGUAAUUGUUAUGACACUAACCAUUGUUGUCGAUAGAUGUGAGGCUAUUACACAACAACAGCUAUUUAAUGAUAUUUGCGGUUUGAGUAAAUGUAAAACAAAACUACCAAACAUUAGACAAUGUCUCAGUAGUCUAGGUUUGGAUAUAUCAUUGCUCAGCAAUUUGUACCGACAGUUGGAUUCUGUUAUCGGUUUAGUUGGCAGUGUUUUGGGUGUCUUGGGUGCCAUACUCGGCCAACAGUCAACCAUAUGUCCAAUACUGUCGGGUUUACUGUCAGCUACUACUGAGUCAGCAUUGAAAAUAGUACUGGAUCAGUUAACUAGUUCACAAAAUCAGGGACUGCUUGACAAAGUUUCUGCUUGUCUUAGAUGUUAA